AUGUCAUAAAAAACAAUUUUAAUAAUCGGAUCUGGUAUUUCUGGUUUAUCUGCUGCCUUUGAAUUAUUAGAAAACAAUUAUUAAGUCUAAAUUUUCGAAGCCCGUGAUAUCCAUGGGGGCCGUAUAGGUAAAAACACUACAUUUGCAAACUUCCCUAUAGAACUAGGAGCUGAAGAAAUCCACGUAGAUAUUUAAAACAUACCCUAUAAUUUAUCUGUAAAAGAUUAUUUUUUAGAAUAAAAUUUAAAUGAGAAAAUCUGGGAUUUCUAUAGACACUUUUGGGGAACUGAAAACGGCACAGAAAUUGAAAAAAUGUCUAUUAGAGAAUAUUUAGAUUUCCAAAAAGGAUUUAAUUCAGAUCAUGAUAAAAAUUAUUUAAUUCAAAAUGGGAGUCAUUUAGAUUUUUUAGAGAUAAAAUAUGCAAAAGUACUUCCUUUUAUUAAAUAUAAUACUCCUAUAGUUAGAAUAAAUUACUAAAAUUAAUAAAAAGUUAAAAUUUGGGAUUCAUAAGGGAAUAUUUACGAAGGAGAAAAAAUCAUUUUGACAGUACCAAUUUCGUAAUUAAAAAACAAUUCAAUUAAAUUUGAACCUGAACUUCCUUUAGAAAAAUAAAAAGCUAUCCAAAAUUUACAAAUGGGUACUGGAGGUUGUUUAGUAUCAGGUCAAAUCGGUUUAGAUAUGAAUAAUGAAUAAAAAAGGGAAAUUAUUUUAAAAAAUCUCUACUAAAAAUUAGGAAAAGUAUUCAAUUUUAAAAAUAUUGAAGAUCUUCUUGAAGACUAUCUAUGGAUAGAGUACUCUUAAAUUAAAUAUAUUGAAGGAACAUAUUCUUAUCCUGUUUUAAAUGCAGAAAAUUCGAGAAAAAUACUAGCAAAUGAAGUCAAUGGAAACCUUUUUUUCGCAGGAGAAGCUACACAUCCAGUUUAUUUUUAAACUGCAAAUGGCGCAUUAGAUACAGGAAUUAGAGAAGCACAUAAAAUUAUUUAAAUGGAUAAUAUUUUAGAAAGAUAAAAAGAGGAUUUUAAAAAUAUGGUUAGCUUAUGA